AUGAACCACCUGCAAAGCGAGCCAGGCGAACAGACGUGGCGACCCCUUUGGACAGAGACGGUCGUAGUUCACCACGACCAAGUUCCAGCGGCCGAGAUACAAGAACGAAAUGGCAGCAUGAGGACAAUAGAGAACCAGGUCGAAGCUCUCGGCGUGAUGAGGGUCGCAGGAGGAGAUCUAGGUCAAAAUCGCGCGAUCAAGAAGACAGGAAACGGCAGCGCAGCCGAUCGAGAGAGCACUCAUAUCGAGACCGGGACCGUGAUAGGAACCGAGGGCGUGAUGGAGGUGGGAGAGAUCGAAGAGUCAAUGAUAGAGGUCACGGGAACAGGAGCAGGAGUCGUGAUUGAUCACCACAGCGAGUGGUCCCACCGACAUUCACGAUCGAGGUCGCCCGUGAAGAAUGGUGGCGGCACACCGGUACGCGCAAGAUCGCCUCCUCGAAGACUCGACCGUGAUCGGGUACGACCCCGAGGAGACCAAGCGAAGUCAGAAGAGAAUCCCUCCAAAAGCGCGGCGUCUCCAAGACCAGGACAGGCACAACCCGCGGCCAACGGCGGUGCUAUGGCAGUCGAUGAAGACGAGGACGACGCAUUCCUGAGAAGGGCCAUGGGAUUUGCCUCGUUCAAAAGCACACACAACACCAAAGUCCCUGGAAAUCAGAUUUAUGGGGUUAGAAAGGAGAAGAAGACGGAGUACCGACAGUACAUGAACCGUGUUGGCGGGUUCAACAGACCUCUCAGUCCGUCCAGAUCAUGA